AUGGCAUACACUGCCAGCCAUUUUGCACGCGAUCGUAAAGAAUGGGUCAAAGAACUCGAGUACUUCAACAAAGUCUGGGAGAAACUGACGAUAUCGCGGUCCAAUCACUGGCAACGCAAGCAGGCCCUUCUGAUCCGCAUCGAAAGCAAGCUUGCCACUUUGCUGCCGACGGACGCUGAAAAAGGCACCGGAACGUGCUUCGCCGAGAAGGUUCGCCAAAUACUCGACUCGAUAAGAAUAGCCAACGAAGAUGCCAUCCUUCGCGGAGAGAUACUCAAAAUGCUUGUCCCGGCCAUUGGUCGACUCAUGAUUCCAGGAGGCCCAGAUUCCGAUACUUUUGCAAUGAAAAUGGACCAGAAGGUAGAAAGGCUUGACAAGGAAUGGCAGGAAAAGUCUCCGAAAAAGGGUGAAAUCGAGGACUUCAGGCAGGCACAACUUCGUUCAAGAUGGACAUCUCUCUCUGUGGUAUCUCCAAUUUGCCUUUGUCCCCAGUGCGUGAAGCGCCGUUGA